AUGUCGUCGUUCCGUGACACGAGCAGGCGUCAGGACACGUACAAAGCGAAAGGUGCAUUCAAGCACGAUGAGUUGCGUCGUCGUCGAGAAGAGGCACAAGUGGAAAUCCGGCGCCAGAAACGAGAGGAAAGCAUGGCGAAGCGUCGGAACCUGAACAUGCACCAGGUGUCAGAUGCACCUGACUCGGAAGAGGAAGAUGAGGCUGUUGAUGGCCUGGACAUGAAGAUCACGUCUGAACUGCCAGCCAUGGUCCAAGGCGUGCUGAGUGACAACUUGGAUCAGCAGCUCGAGGCCACAACCAAGUUCCGGAAGCUACUAUCAAAGGAGAAGAACCCACCCAUCGACCGCGUCAUUGCAUGUGGCGUUGUUCCGCGCUUCGUCGAGUUUCUGCGAAGCCCACACAGUAUGAUUCAGUUUGAGGCGGCCUGGGCGCUCACGAACAUUGCGUCAGGCACAUCGGAGCACACCCAGGUCGUCAUCAAUUGCGGCGCUGUACCGAUCUUUAUCGACUUGCUUCUCUCGCCCGUGCUGGAUGUGCGCGAACAGGCUGUGUGGGCACUAGGAAAUAUCGCCGGUGACUCGACCAAGUGCCGAGACUUUGUGCUCCAGCAGGGUGGUAUGCAAGCUCUGCUCCAGCUUCUUAGUGAGGACCACAAGGUCAGUAUGCUGCGCAAUGCGACAUGGACGUUAAGCAACUUCUGUCGCGGCAAAAACCCACAGCCGGCGUGGGAGCUCGUGGCACCAGCACUGCCCACGUUGACAAAGCUCGUUUAUGCCAUGGACGACGAGAUUCUGAUCGACGCAUGUUGGGCCAUAUCGUAUCUGUCGGAUGGUGCAAACGAAAAGAUUCAGGCCGUCAUCGAGUCCGGCGUGUGCCGCCGUCUUGUUGACUUGUUGAUGCAUCCAUCGGCCGCGGUGCAGACGCCAGCACUGCGCUCGGUCGGCAACAUCGUUACAGGCGACGACAUGCAGACUCAAGUCAUUGUGGCCAGUGGCGCACUAACGCCGCUCCUGGCCUUGCUAUCAUCGCCAAAAGAUGGCAUCAAGAAAGAGGCGUGCUGGACGAUUAGCAACAUCACGGCCGGGUCACCAGGACAGAUCCAAGCUGUGAUCGAUGCCAAUAUCAUUCCGCCUCUCGUGCAUAUUCUAAGCCAUGCUGACUUCAAGACCAAAAAGGAGGCAUGCUGGGCGAUCAGCAAUGCGACAAGUGGCGGCUUGCAGCAGCCACAGCAAGUGCGGUACUUGGUGUCACAAGGGUGUAUCAAGCCGCUGUGUGAAUUGCUCAAGUGUAUGGACAACAAGAUCAUUCAAGUGGCCCUUGAUGGUCUGGAGAACAUUCUGAAAAUCGGUGAGCAGGACAAGGAGGCCAUGGGAGCUGGAGCGACGAACCAGUAUGCCACAUAUAUUGAAGAAUGUGGUGGUAUGGUAACGAUCCAUGCUUUGCAAAACCACGAGAACUUUGACAUCUACAAGAAGUGCUUCUACAUGAUGGACAAGUACUUCCCUGACGAUGAGGAAGACCAAGAUACGGGCAUUGAUGCCCCGCAAGUUAGCGACUCAGGUGCCUUUGCGUUCCCCACAUCGGUGGCUGCUCCCCAGACUGGCUUCCAAUUUGGUCCGUCUCAAAACAUGUAA